AUGUCUUCCGAAGAAGCUGCCCCUGCUGGCGUUGCCAAUGCUGGCGAGGAGUCUGUCGCCCAGCGUCUUCAACAACACCAUGUGACUGUUGAGGACGUGCCGGAUGACGAGCUGCCCGCCAAGUCGGCUGAUGACGCAUCUGCUUCUGGUUCUGCUCCCGCCGUCAAGGCUGCGAAGCCCAAGCGGGCUGCUCUCGAUACCCAGUCACACGAGCUGUUCCCCGAGCUUGGAGCUCCCAAAGGCAAGGCCCCCAACGUUGCUCCCAUCUGGGGCGCUAAGAGCAAUGCCAAUGGCGGUUCCAACGGUGUUUCUCGCUCGUCGACUCCGGCAUCUGGCGCUGAGACUCCCGUUUCCCAAGCGCCCACUCCGGCCAUGGUCAUCCCUGGACGCAGAGUCGAAACAAUUACUCUCGCUCCCCAGUUCCUCCGCCCCCGUUCCGAACUUCGACGCCCAAUUCCGGAUAUCCUCAAGGACAUCAACCGCAAGUCUCGUGCCAACAUCACCAUGACUCAGUCCCCCAAUGGACACCUCAAGUUCAUGGCUACUGGCCCUCAGGAAGUCGCCCAACAGGCACUCAAGGAUCUAGUUGCCCAAAUCGGAACAAAGGUCACUGUCAAGGUCCCCAUUCCCCAGGCUACCCGGGCAUUUAUUAUUGGCAAGGGUGGUGCCACUAUCAAGGCUCUCCAGGAGAAGACGGGUGCCAGGAUCCAGAUGCCCAAGGCCGAUGAGAACCAGGCCGCCAUUGAUGACGAUGAUGAGGCUCUCAUCGAUGUCAUCGUAGAGGGCAAUGCUAUUUCUGCCGCCUCUGCCCAGAACGAGAUUCUCAAGAUUGUGGGCGAGCGGGUUGCCAACGUCCAGACCAAGGUGCGGGGGAUCCCUACCGCUUUCUACCCCUUCAUUGCCGGUCCUGGAAAUGCCCUGGCCCAAGCGAUGGAGGAGGCCAAUGGAGUUCAGGUCCGCGUCCCCACUCAUCAGCUGUACUCAUCCGCACCGCUUCCCGUUGCGCCGGCCCCCGGUCAGCGACCCGUGUUUGCUGCGGCCGGCGCGGAUGACGAGCAUAUCCUGCUUGCCGGUGACCGUGCCGCGGUGCAAAAGGCCCGAGCUGAGAUUGAGCGUCGUGCCGCUGAACUGCAGAAGCAGCUGGAGGCCGAGCAGCUUUCCAUUCAACGAGGUCGGCACCAGUUCAUUAUCGGGCAGCGAGGCAUCCCCUUGGAGGACUUCUUCAAGGAGACUGGCUGUGCCAUCCUGUUCCCCUCCGAAGAAGACGAUGAUAUGAUCACCGUCGUCGGACCUCCCUCCCAGGUGCAGGCUGGUCUUGAGAGAGCCAUGGAUCUCGCCAUGGGUAUGCAAAUGUCCAACAUUGAUAUUUCAAGGUCUCACCGCAACGCUCCUGGCGGAGCCUUGGCUCACGCUGCCAACAUCACCAGAUACCUUCGUCAACGUAGGGAGAUUGAGCGCCUUGAGAAGCUCUACAGCACCCACAUUAACACUCCGUUCUCUCAAGACGGCGCCCUCCCCUGGGAGCUGUACUCUCGUGAGGGUAAGAAUGCUAUCCGUGCCCAGUCAGAGAUUACUGCAAUUCUCAAUGGACACCCGCCGUCUCGUAUGCAGACCGUCUCUAUCGACCCCUUCUUCCAUCAGCACCUGCGUAGCGAUGUUACACCAAAAAUCAAGAAGGAAUUUGGUGUUCACCUCGUCGUUCCGGAAGCGUCAGAAGCCAACGUCCCCGUGCUUCUCGUGUUUGAGGGCCCUGACCCUGCUGAGGGUGCCUACCAACCUCCCCGCGUCAAGCCUACGGAAGCCGAAGCCCGCGCCUUUAAGCAAGCGCUGGAUGCUGCCCAACAGCAUAUCCUUGGCCUCAUCAAUAACCAAGAGGAGCUUAGCGAGGUGGCUCUUGACGUGCCCGCCAAAUUCCACGAGAAGCUGCGCCGAUUCAUCAAGAAGGAGCAGGAGAGCCGCGACGAGUCUCAGAUCCCCAUCCGAGUGGGGAAGCUUGGCACCACUGUUACUCUGCGAGGGCCCAAGUCUGCCGUUGAAUCGAUUGCCAGCAAGGCAACCGCUUUCAUCGAGCAAGAAAAGAUUGAUGAGAAGGAACGCGGACAUGUCUUGACUUUCGACUUCCCUCAGAAGUUCGCCAACCACCUCAUCGGCAAGGGUGGUAGCAACAUCAAAGAGCUCCGUGAUCGAUUCGACGUCGAGAUCCAAGUCCAAGACGGCAAGGUGGAGCUCAAGGGACCUCAAGCCAAGGCUGAGAAGGCCCGAACAUACAUUCAGAAUCUCAGCCGUACGCUGGCCGAUGAGACAACCCACACUCUCAAGAUCGACCCCAAGUUCCACAGGGAGCUGAUUGGUGCUCAAGGCAGCCAAAUCAACCGCCUGCAGACCAGAUACAAGGUUCUCAUCUUCUUCCCUCGAUCAGCCAAGGCCGGCGAUGAACAACCAGGCGCCGAUGCGGCGAGCGACGCUGGCAAACCCCGUCGCCAGCAGGCUCCCGACGAGGUCAUUAUCCGCGGUCCCAAGAAGGGUGCCGACGAAGCCCGCGAUGAGAUUUACUCGCUGCACAAGUACUUGGAGGAGCACUCACACACUGCCACCAUUGGAGUGCAACAGAAGCAGGUUGGCUCCCUGAUAGGCCAGGGAGGUGCUGCUCUGGAUGAGCUCAGACAGCAGACUGGCGCUCGCAUCGACGUUCCAGCUGACCGCGACACUCCCAUUGUGGAGAUUCUCAUCAGGGGAACUGCGACCCAAGUGAAGAAGGCACAGCAAAUCCUCGAAGAGAAGAGAGCGGCGUUUGAUGACACGAUCGUGCAAACAAUCGACGUGGAUAAGAAGCAUCACAAGGCCCUGAUUGGAGCAAGUGGUGCCAACCUCCGCGACAUUGUUGUCGGAGCCGGCGGUUCAGAUGAUCGCCGCGCUCUUGCCCGAACCAUCCAGUUCCCCAAGCAGGAGGCUGAUGGCAACAUCAUCAAGGUGGAGGGCCGCACUCAGGUGGUCCACAACAUCAUCAAGCGGAUUCAGGAGAUUGUUGCCGAGCGUGAUAACCAGGUGACUGAGGUUGUGGACGUGCCAAUCGACCAGCACCGAUCGCUCAUCGGACGAGGAGGUGAUGCCAAGCGCCAGCUUGAGUCGCAGUUUAGCGUCUCCAUCGACAUCCCCCGCCAGGGUGACGGCAAGACGGGCGUCAAGGUGACUGGCCGACCCGAGAAUGUUGCCUCGGCCAAGGAGCACAUCUCCGGCCUGAUCAAGCAGCAGCAGGGCGAGACGCUCCAGAUCCCCCGUAACGUACACCACGUCGUGUCCAACAACGGCCAGAUCUUCCGUCAGCUUCGCAACAACUUCCAGGUGACGGUGGACCACGCCGGCCAGAGCAUUCCGGCCAAGCCCACGCCAUCUGCCAGGGCUGUUGAGGGUUCUCUGCCCCUGAUUACGGAUGAUGCAGAUGCAGCAACCGAUGUUCACUCUUGGAAGGUCGUCAGCGCUGAGGCGGGCGAGGCGGGCGAGAUCCCAUGGAUCCUUCGCGGAACUGCCGAAAACGUUGCCAAGGCCAAGGACGUGAUUCUCAAGAACCUGGAGCAGGCCAAGGCCAAUGACUCUACGGGAUACCUGAUCCUCCCCGAUCCUCGAACCUACCGUUUCGUCAUUGGACCCAACGGCAGCAAGGUCAAGUCGAUCCGCAACCAGAGCAACUGCCAGAUCCAGGUGCCGCGAGACCAGGCAAAGGACGAGGCCAUUGAGAUUCUGGGCACUCGCGAGGGCGUAGAGAAGGCCAAGGAUCUCAUCCUGGCCGCUGUUCGGGAGGGCCAGACUAAGUCAAGGGAAUAA